CACAGAAUGGGGUUGUGUUGGGUGGCCAGUCCGUUCUUCAGGGAGAGAUGGGAAAUGCGUCCAACGCCUCAGUGUUCAUCUCCACCUUAUCAGAGAGAGAAGACCUGGUUUUUGGCACGCUCUAUUUAGUCUUUGGCAUUGUGUCCCUCUCUGGGAACUCGCUGCUCCUGCUGGUGGCUUAUCAGAAGAGGUCCAUGCUGAAGCCUGCAGAAUUCUUCAUUGUGAACUUGGCCAUCAGUGACCUGAGCAUGACGGUGACCCUGUUCCCCUUGGCCACAUCAUCCUUAUUUGCACACAGGUGGCUGUUUAACCACGCGAUGUGCACUGUCUAUGCCUUUUGUGGGAUGUUGUUUGGACUCUGCAGCCUCACCAGCCUGACAGUGCUCAGCACAGUUUGCUGCCUGAAGGUCUGUUACCCAGCAUACGGCAACAAAUUCUCUCCCUCGCACGCCGGCGUCCUGCUGCUGUGCGUCUGGGCCUACGCGCUCAUGUUUGCCACCGCCCCACUGGCCGAGUGGGGCAGCUAUGGGCCUGAGCCCUAUGGGACCGCCUGCUGCAUCACAUGGAAAGCCUCGAACAGAGAGGCCAUGCUCUACAUCCUGGCCCUCUUCAUCUUCUGCUACCUCCUCCCCUGCCUCCUCAUCCUCGUCUCCUACUCACUGAUCCUGUGGACGGUGAAGGGCUCCCGCAGAGCCGUGCAGCAGCACAUGUCUCCCCAGAGCAAGGCCAACAGCGUGCACAGCCUGAUCGUGAAGCUGAGCAUUGCUGUCUGCCUGGGCUUUCUGGCUGCCUGGACCCCUUAUGCCAUCGUUGCCCUGUGGGCAGUCUUCGGAGAUGCCAGCCAGGUGCCGGCUCUGGCUUUCGUGCUGUCAGCCGUCUUUGCCAAGUCCUCAACACUCUAUAACCCCCUGGUAUAUCUGCUCUUCAAGCCCAACUUCCAGAAGUUCCUUUCCAAAGACAUCCUGCUCCUCCAGGCCAUCCGCACCAUCCUCUGCUGCGGGUGCCCGAGCGUCUCGCUGCAGCCCAGAGAGAGCAGGACGCACUUCUCCUCAGGCUUCGGUGACCACCGUGGGGCCUGCAGAAACUGCCACGACACUUUCGAAUGUUUCAGUAAUUACCCCAAGUGCUACAAACUCUCCCAGACCCCCGACACUUCGUCCAAGCCUGCUCCCCUGGCUAUCCUGAGCGACGGGUCUGCUUGCCAGCCCGGCCUGAAGAGGACUGUGCAGGUUAUGGUGCUUGUUACAAGGAAAAGGUCUGGCCUGGGUGCUGCAAAUGUGGCAGGUGAAGUCCUGCCCUCAGAGAUCAUGAAAGACCUUCUCUGAGUGCUCAGAGAGCCCCGCAGUGCCCCUUUGGCACCUGGCUCUGUCUUAGCAGCAUAUUGGAAAAAAAACCCCAAACGCAACAUUUCUCUCAUCUAUGUAUCUGAUAGGUCCCAAGCACAUCCUGCAGAUUAAGUGACACAAACAUUUAAGACCAACCCUGCCUCCCUUUCUAGUUUGGCUCUUGCAGUUUGGAGCCGAUAAUUUGCACUUGCAAAAAAAUAGAACCCCAGUGCCUGAAAUCGGGCUAGGGUGCAAUUCCAGGCUGCAGUUUCUACUGCUGUUUGCUCUCAGGGCUCUUGGCCUUUGUUUUUCCAUCCUGGUGCUCCGAUGGCCAAGAAUGAUCUUGGUUGUCUUAAGAAACUGUGUCUAGCACAGAGGGUAGGGGCCUGGGAGCCCUGAGAGGCAAUCCUAGCUCCAAAACCAACUCCUACAGCCUCAGCUAAUUACAUCCUUUCCCAUCUGUGAAUGGGAUAAUGCCAUUCAGCUACCUCACUUGGGAUUAUGAAGUAUUUUUAUAUACCUCACAAGAGACUGCUCUCUGUGUAGGCUGGAGUACCCCACUCCCUCAAUUUGAGUGCAGCCCCCCCUAUGAUCCUGUCUUGUCUUUAGUGUAAGGAUUUGGGGUUAAAAUAAUCCCAGUGCAAGUAAUACCAGGCCCAGGUACUGCUCCUCAGGCAAGGAAUGGCAAAACUGUGGCUGCGCAACAUCCUGGAGAUAGGUCUGCAGUCCUAGGGUGUCUCCCGGCUCUUAGGGAGCUGGGGCAUCUUGCACUAUCUGCACUAUGCAGGGGACCAGGUGCCUGGAGAACAGCAACCAGUUAGCUUCUAGGUGUCAUUUUGAAGCCAUCUCCGAGAAAGUUCACCUGGGAGUCUCAAAGGACACACAUCGGUGCCCAGCUGGCCAUUGCAGUGCCAUAUUGCAGAGCAUAAAGCAAACUGGGAGGACGAGCUAAGCGGAGUGUCCUGGACUGAAGCAGUGCUGGGAAGUAAGCAAGCAGUGUAAAACGUUGUCAAGACCUUGUAGGACUCGCUUGGUUCUCAGAGCGACUGGGCAAAGGAGCAAGAGAAAAGGAUAUGCCAUCUGGAUGCUUGGAAGAAAUGUGUUUUGGAAGGAAACGCUGCCCCAGCCUGUGAGAAGAAAGAUGCAUGUAGUGCUCAGAUUGAGACAGAAAAGUCAUAAAAGUAGCUGGAAGAGAACAGCUAAGACCAAUUUCUUCACAGUUCUUAGAUUUGACACCCAGUGUUGAAAGCCAUCUUGCUAAAAUGAACGGCUCCCUCAUUCGAGAGAGGCUCUGCCCAGGGCAACAUCGCAGGCGGUGAGCAAGGGCGGGCGAGCCGGCCUUGCCGCCUGCCGUCGGGGGUGAGGCAGAGCCUCUGGUGCUGCUGGGACUGCUGAGGAGCAGGAGGCUACCUGAUACCUACAGAAAAAAUAAAUGAAGUACAGAAACUGCUUCUAGAAACACUGAAUUCAACAAGUGCAGUUAAAACUGGAUUUAAGAAACAUGAAUUCCCCCUCUGCCUUGACUCCUGUUACUUUCAUGCAAGGCCAGGGCUGAGUCACCCGCCCCAGCAGGCCUCCUCGGCCAGGACCAGCUCCGGCGGGUGAAGCCGCGAGGAGGUUACACAUCCUGUUCUUUGCCUCACCUUCCUGCUCUGGGCGCUUUCACCAAAACAAACAAAUGAAUAUUUCUGGUGUCUUACCUGCUCUGGGUGAGGGGCUACCAGCAACGGGGGGCACCUCUGCGAUGACUGUGAUGUCCCAAGGCGCCCCAGUAUUUUCUCCUCCAUUUAUGAGCAGCGCCAGGCUGCAGAGCUGGGCUGGCGCCCCGAGCAGGGCCUGCAGAGGGGCUGCCAAGGCCGCUGGAGGCAGCGCAUCGUCGCAGUGCCCGCCGGCUCUUCUUGUCCCCACCCAGAGACCCCCAGCGAGGGCCGUGAGCUCUGGCCUCGCGCAGGUGCUCGGCAGCUGAUCUGAGGAGGCGACUGUGUUGCCCGACCCUGGUGCUUCAUCCUCCCACCCCAAGCAGUGUGCAGAGCACCAAGCUUUUGCAUGUGCCCCCAGUGGGACAGCAAUUCCCAUCACAGGAGGUGAAUAAUGCAGCCUCCACCCUGUCACAGGGAGAUGAGAAAGGUUGAUUUUAUCCAGAAAAAUGAAGGAGUGCAUUCAAGGUUUUGCGACGGGUCAGUAGCAGAGCUGGGAAAAGGCAGUCUCGCACUUGCUGCCUUCCUCCCUGCAGGCGGGUGACCACAACUGCUCUGCAAUCCACGCCUGCCGCGGCGCGGGGAGCAGCUUUAACCCACCAAGGUGCUGACUGGGAAGAGGGAACCAUUUUUCACACCAACCCCUGGAAAAGAGCAGCAGAAAUAAGUCACUUGCUCAAGAUGACACCACGAGGCAAUGCAGAGCUGAGGACACAGGCCAGGGGCUUCCCUUCUCACCUCCCAGCCCCAGGCUUCGGCUCCGACGCUCAUUCUCAUCCACGCUCUACCUAUCUUUGCUUCAUUUAUCCAGCAGUGCCCGAAAUGCCUAAGGCUAAGAAGGGCCAUGGGAUAAGGGAGGAAAACCUGUCGCACAGUCGUGCAAGGGGAGCUAUGCUCUGCACAGGGAACAGGAAGAGAGGUGUUGCGUCCUAACACCAGGCAGGAAACACCAGCAGAAUUUUUCCUCUGAUUUUACGCUGGAUUUAGGCUGUCGGUGAGAUGGACCUGUGGGUGCCUUGUUCCCACUGAGUGAACUCAUCCACCUCCAAUAGGGUUUCCCUCCACCGGUGCGGUAACAGCCAGAGGAAAGCUCCAGCCAAAGUGAGAUGAAAGGACAGAGAAUUAAUAUGAUCAGAUGAAAUUUGUUUUCAGAAGUGAGUCUGCCUGCUGGCCAGGCCUGCCGCCCUGCGCGGCUGCUCUGGAAAAGACUGUGGAAACGCUGCAGAGCUGGCAAGAAGAAAAGUGUGAAAAAUGAAAUGUUGACAUACCCAGAGAUGGAGAGGUGAAGACAGGCUGACUUCCCCCAUGCACUUUGUUAUCUGCUCUUCUAAAGCUGGCCACGGGUACCCGGACCUUUGGGCUGGAUCCUAUGAGCUCUUGGCUCAUCGUUUCAGCCUGGGCUCUGCUGAGAUGCCUCCGUGGCCGACAAUGAAGAGCAGGACAAGCUGCAGGUGAGCCUGCAGCCUCCGUGGACGCCCGCAGCGAGACGUUUGCCGAGGCGGCAGCGGGGGUGAGGGGCUGCGCUCAGGCAGGAGCAGGAGAAGUCCGAUGGACCAGCGCCGCCGGGCCACAGACGGCAGCUACCUGCUGCUGCUCGUUUACGCUUCAACCUUGGUACUGCUGAAUCCAGGCAUUAAAAGUAAGAGUUAGCCUUUUUGGCCUCGAUGUUUUGCCCAAAUCCCAAGGUAGGUCGUGCUUUUCUCAGCUAGCCCCGUCUGCAGGCCGUUUCCCCGGACAUAGUCCCCCUCCCCGUGCUCUCCUGCGAGGACUGCGGGCCAUCGCUGUGGCCGCUCAGAGGCCAGCGGCGGCUGCAACCCCUGCCCUAACUAGCGCGUGGCAUCCAGCCACGUGAAGGCGGCACGUGCUUUUGUCCCUCGGUUGUUCCCACGCAGCCACUUCUAC